AUCGUCUCAUCCCAAUUGCUCAUAACCCAAUCUAUAUAUUUUCUUUAGAAGAUGCCGUUGUCUGAUUUGGAAACUGUUUGUAUCCGAGAGCCAACCUCAAGUGCUCGUUGUGGUGUUGGCAUUUCAAGAUCCAAGAGAGAUUUGGCACCAGCAGACUACUUAUUUAAGAUCGAAUCAUAUUCCUUAUCGAUGGACACAAAGAUGGAGAAGUAUGAGUCAAAUGCUUUUCAAGCUGGUGGACACACUUGGAAGUUGGUACUCUACCCAAGUGGUAAUUCAAAAAGAAAUGGCAAAGGCCAUGUCUCCUUAUACCUUGCAAUAGCAGAUACUGAGAAGCUUUCUCGCGGUUGGGAGGUUUACGUAAACUUUAAGCUGUUCGUGCUUGAUUAUAAUUGUAACAAUUAUUUGACAAUCCAAGAUGCUGAUGGGGUUGUACGAAAAUUCAAUGAAAUGAAAAGUGAAUGGGGUUUUGAUCAAUUAAUUUCAUUGGAGGUUCUCUUUGAUCCAUGUAAUGGAUACCUUGUUGAAGAUUCAUGUGUGUUUGGAGCUGAAGUUUUGGUUAUUGGUCAUUCUGCCAAAUCGGAAAGUCUUUCUAUGGCCGUCAACACACUUCCGGUGAAGCCUCCUAUUGGGCCUCCGGUGGAGCCUCCAACAUAUGGCUCCUUGACUUGGAGACUUCAGAACUUGUUAACAUGGGCCGCCUCUGAUGUGGUCAUCUCCAAAACCUUCACCGUUGGUGAUAGAGAGUGGAAUUUACAGGUUACUCCUAAAGGAGAUUCUGCAGAUGGGAUCAGAGGCAAAUAUCUAUCUUUAUUCCUACAGCUAACAGAUUGUGAAAGGUUCCCAUCAAAUACAACGGUGAAUGCAAGUUUUAAGCUUAAAAUUUUAGACCAGCUUCAUAAUCAACAUUAUGAGAAAACAGAAAACUCUUCGUUUUGUGCUUCACAUAAGCAAAGGGGAUAUUCAAAGUUCAUAUCUUUAAGUGAACUCUAUGAAGUAAAAAAUGGAUAUUUUAAAGACGAUGAUAUAAUCUUGGAGGUUGAAAUAUUAAAGAUGGCUAUAAUCAUGGAACCUCUAGCAUAUGAAAACUUCACUUGGAAACUUGAGAAUUUAUCAAAGUUCGACUGGCUCAAGCGAAACCACAGUGGUCCUGAGAGACAUUGGAAAUUCGAGGUUCAUACUAAAGGAGUUGAAGCCGUUUCAAAAAAGAAAGGAGUUGAUACAGACAGUAUCGUAGGAAAAUAUCUAGCUUUAUUCGUGAACUUAUCAGAGACGAAAAAGUUCCAAUCAAAUAGAACAAUCAAUUUAACUUUGAAGUGUAAAAUUUUAGACCAGCUUCGUAAUAAAUAUUAUGAGAAAACAGAAAACUACUCAUUAUUGAUCUCAGACACACAAUGGUUGUUAUCAAACGUGAUAUCUCUAAGUGAACUCAAUCUAGCAGAAAAUGGAUAUAUUAAAGAUGAUGCUAUAAUCAUGGAGGUUGAAAUCUCUAACAUAUCCAUGGUUUAGAUACCUCCAAGAUCAUUUACUUAUGAUUAAUAUAAAAAUAAAAUAAAAAUCAAUACAUUUGUGGUUGUGGUGAACAGAUAUAAACUGUUUUCUUGUAUUUCAUUUGGGUGUUGUUCAAUAAAGUUCUUUGUGGACUGUUCUAUUUGUA